AUGAAUGAUGAGUCCCUACUCCUGAAACUUUCCAAUGUUGCCAUGAAUCGUGUUCUCCAUCACUGUGAAUAUCCGGUCUUCGCAAGUCUCCGCAAGACUUGUCGCAGUCUCCGCGAGUUUGUUGACACCGAAAAACCUGAUGCACGCAUGGUUGAAGUGGACAUAAGUUGCGAUGCCAACAGGGUGAUAUUCCGUCUUCAAUCGGGAGAAAGACGCAUCAAUAUUUUAUAUAAAAACGAUGAGGAAGGUUGUUAUCCCAGACGCUUUACCGGUUGGGAAGACAAUUUAGCAUCGAAUGGAUUGAAUGGAAUGGAUUACAUCGAAAUGUUCAAAAACGACUUCACAGUUUUCUUGAGACAUCAGAGAAGUGUUCUGAAGCAAAUGGUGCUCCAUAGUGAUGGCAAAACAGCUGGAGUACCAGCUCUUCAAGUUCUUCUCGCUAUUUCUUCUGUUGAUGCACAUAAUCUGCGGAUUCUGACAACCUGCAUCCGAGAACCAAACGUAUCGUUGGAAGAAAUCUCUGAAACAAAGCAGUGGGGGCAAUUGGAUAUUUGCCAUUUCGGCGGGUUUCGUUUAUUAGAAAUCCGUCCGAUUUCACACUUGAAGACAUUCAGUGGUUUUGUUACGGUAGUGACUGCCGGGGAUUUGGACUAUCUGAAAGCGGCCUUCCUCAAUUCAUUAAACUUCUCUCAUUGUACAAUGAAACACAACAGUGUCGCCAAUUUGUCAGAGAUAACCGAGACGUUUGGAGUACAACCAUUCACACGUGAUUGUAAUUUUGGUGGAGUCUCAAGAUUGUGGUUCUUCCGAUUGCCUAACGACAAGUCUAGAGUUCUUGCGCUUGAUGUGCACAGUGACAAUCACGUUGAGUUCGAACAAAUAGAAACCGCUAAAGUGCCAAGCGAUGCUGUAAUCAUUGGCUGCGACUCUUUUUUCUAUUCACAUGCCUAA